AGCAGGAGGACACACACAUGGAGAUGGACCGGAUAGCAUUUUUGCCACCCUUCUUUGCCUCUCUUUCUAGCCCAUGUGUGUGUUGGUUGGUUCCAGAUCUAACGUGCGUGCUCACCACUCGCAGGACCAGCUCACCAACGACAAUAUCAUAAGCAGAAGAAUCACGAGCUGCAUCCAUCAAGUUGCACUUGCCACUCCAUCAGCCUCUGCCUCCCUCCCAACCCAAAUCAUCGAGAAAAGAGGACAAAAAAAGGAAAAGGUCGGCACUCGGCACUUCGGCUUCAGCAAUUGCGAUCUUAAGUGCUUAGCUCCGCCAGACAGCGACGUACUAGCAAGUACCACUAGUUCGUUCACGUCGCCGGCCGGCGGGCUUCCCGGCAAUUGAUGGCGCGCGCCGGUGCGGUGCUCGCGGUGCUUGCCGCUGCGUCUGUCUUGUUGGCGCCGAGGGCGGCGACGGCGCAGACCUCCGGCUGCGACGACGCGCUGCCGCCGGUGCUCGCCGGCAACUACUCGGGGCUGGCCUGCCGCCCCGUCUGGAACAGCUUCGUGCUCCGGUACGCGCAGGGGAAGGACAACGUGCUGCGGGUGGUGCUGUCGGCGAUGUACAGCACGGGGUGGGUGGGGAUGGGGUUCUCCAAGGACGGGAUGAUGGUGGGAUCGAGCGCCAUGGUGGGGUGGAUCGGCAAGACGGGGAGAUCCCACGUCAAGCAGUUCGCCCUCGACGGCAAGACCCCCUCGCAGGUGGUCGCCGACAAGGGGUUCUUGCAGUCCAAGGACCACAACCACGUCGUCGUCGUGCAGCAGGCCAAGAUCUACAUCGCCUUCCAGCUCAGGUUCCCGUCGGCGCUCAAGCGGCAGCAGGUGCUCCUCGCCUUCGGCACCGGCAUCCCCGCCAACGACCGCCUCAUGCUGCACGCGGACAAGACGUCCUUCACCUUCGAUUUCACCACUGGCAGUUCUUUUGGUUCGUCCUACCCAGAUGGUCUGAAGAGGGCUCAUGGGGCGCUCAACCUGUUUGCCUGGGGCGUUCUCCUGCCUAUCGGUGCUAUUGUCGCGCGGUACUGCAGGAGAUGGGACCCUCUGUGGUUCUACCUUCAUGGCGGCAUCCAGUUUGUGGGCUUCAUCCUCGGUCUGGCUGGCAUUGUGGCCGGAGUAGCAUUGUACAAUAAGAUCCAAGCAGAUGUCCCUGCACACAGGGGCCUUGGCAUAUUUGUGCUUGUGCUAGGUAUCCUGCAGAUUCUAGCAUUCUUCCUAAGGCCUCACAAGGACUCAAAACAUCGGAAAUACUGGAACUGGUACCACCAUUGGGUAGGCAGGCUUGCGCUCUUCUUUGCAGCAAUCAACAUUGUCCUUGGAAUCAAGGUCGGAGCCGCUGACUCAUGGAAGAUCGGCUAUGGCUUCAACCUGGCCAUCCUCCUGAUCACCAUCAUCACCCUGGAGGUCCUGCUAUGGACAAGGUGGAAAAACAACAGCAGUUCGAUGCCAACAUAUUAAGUGUAAUCAAUUAGGUUCUUGUCGUUGUAACUUGAAUUAUAACAGAAGAACGUAUUCUCCCAUUACUUUUCUGGUUAUGUUGUAUCAUUGUGUGAUGCUAUUGCUUUGAGUCUUUGAUGUUUCUGCAAGAUCUUUUAGCAGAAACCAAAGAUCUAGUAGAAAAUUAGUCACUCGAUGAUGAGACGUGA